CGCCUUGCGAUGUCUGCGGCUUAAGGCAUUCGCCACAACGUGUGGGACCGGUUUUAGUUGAUUACUAACAGAGCUGUCAAAAGUGUUGUUAUGUCAGACGUCAGACAUUUCUCGUGUAUUCAACUGUAUUAGUGUAUACUGUAAUGAGUGGUAAGAGGCAAGGUGGUGGUUUUUCAUAUUUUGACCAUUGAUUUUGGUCUUUUACAAUAACUGGAAAAAGUGUUUAUCGAAAGAGCAUUCUCAAGCAGUUUUUUAAUAAGUUCCAAUCUGAAAGAAUAAACACAGCAAUGUCUGUGGCACAGUUUUUGGAAGGCCUGCCUUCAUACAAUGAGAAUAACUUCACGAAAUUCCACGUAGAUAAUAAUAACAGAUCACCGCUCAAACGACCAUCUGUAUAUGUUCCCACAAAAGAUUUUCCAUCAGAACAAAUAAUUGUAACAGAGAAGACAAGCAUACUUUUGAAAUAUAUCCAGCAGCAUUGGGAUAAAAAAGUCAAUGUAAGUACCUUAUUGUUCAACACUUUUUGUCUAUACUACAUUCUGCAAGAGUAUUGUAAGAUAAUAUUUAUAAUAGCUUAGAUCUAAGAAUGAAAUUGGGACAGUGUAAUUGAUAUGAUUUAUCCUCAGAAUGAUGUCUCUCAGUGAGUGUAUUUUGCAAAAGAAAAUGGAAAAAUGCUGGGAAAUUCAGCUACAAAAGCACACACACAAAAUUUUGCCAGUGGGCUAGCAAAAAACAUACCUUAUAUUUAUUACUUGACCAAUGAUUUUUCAGUCCAAAUCAAUAACAUCAACAUUUCCAUAGUUUUAUUUUGAACUAAGCAUCUGGAAGACAUCAUCAUUUACCCCUGGUCAAAAUAAACACUAGCAUGUUACAUUCAAAUUCCCGCGCUAAUAUUAUCCAGAGGGCCAUAAAUGCCUGGGCAGGCAGAGACAAGCAAAUCAUCCUAUUAGAGCAUUACUAUACCAUUUCAAAGACAGCAAUUGCUGCCUUCUGCAUAUAAAACACUUCUGCGCUGCAGGGAUAGAAGUGUAGGACACAGACUAAAUUUUUAAUCGGUUGUUUUCGGUAUUAUCGGCCAGCAUAGACAUGGGAUACUUCUGCAGCACACAAGAUGACCUUCAAUGCCCAUGUUUGUGUUGAUGCCAAGUAAAAUAGGUUUGAACAGGCAAUAGUUAUCUAGCCAGUUCUCUACUAGUAAUAUAUUUUUUUCUUAUGGCAAAAUUCAUAUUGCUGCAUUUGUUAUAUUCAUGUUCUUAGUUCAUAAAGGUUUACUACAUUUUUAUCAACAAAAGUAGCUAGAGGACUUUUACAGCUGGAGAUGUAAUUUAUAUGUUGGGUGAAAAGCCAGGCUUAUUCAGGACCCCUUUAACCAUAGGCCAUAAAUUAAAAUAUUUGUUUUGAGCAUUAGUAAUGAUGGUGGGGAGGCGAAGCCUGGCAACUAGGCCACCUUUGACUCCAUAGUACUAACACUAUACCACUCCACAACCCAUCCACUGAGUGAACUAGUGAUGCAAUGCAUCUAUGUUCUAUGUUGAUUUUACACCAAUCUGGUGCAUAAUAUAGACAACACACUACUAAACACCAGAGAGCCUGAAGGCCGCCAACUACUAGCUUGACAUCCUAACCACUUGGCUACCCAGGCCCCAAGAUUGAGCAUUGAUUUAAAUAUUCUGAAGAUAGCUAACCUAAUACUAUAUUGGCUUGUCAAAAAAAUUAUCUGAGAUGCAAUAAGAUACCAUAGCAUUAUCUUUUCAAAAUUGUCAGCUGUGUUUCUCCUCUCAGCACUGAUUAGAAAUCUACAUUGAAAAGGUUAGUGUCUCUUAUAUGGCAUUGUAGCCAGCUAUAUUAGCAUAUUGUUUAUAUUUGGCUACAGCACCAUCUAUGCGAGUCUAACUCCUCUAACGCCGAUUUUUCAUCAGUGCAGAGAGGAGAAACAUAGCUGUGACUAAUUGUGCUAGGUGCUCUUCUCAAUUAAGAUUGGGAUUUUUUGACGCGAAAAUAUAGUAUUGGGUUGGCUAUCUUCAGGUAGAAUAUAAUAAUGGUUUGAGGCAUUGAUUCAUUCAAUUAAGAAUUGCUUCCUCUUCAGCUGUGUACCUAAUUUUAAACCUUAUAUUAUUCCAAAUUUAAGACUUGCGUGAAGAAAAGAGACAGCAAUACCCAAUCAGAUGAACCUGUCAGAAAGAGACCAAGAACAGAGUACAGCAGAAUAGACUAAGCUCCCUCAAAACUUCCACUAUCUCUGUUAAUUGUCAGGCACUUGUACAACUUACUCAAUCACAAAUUGCACAAGAAUACUAAAUUACAUAUAACUCUCUAAGAACAUAGAAAAAAUUUUAAUGACAUCUGUUUAGAAUAGAUCAUGUUACAGGAUACAAAAACAGUUCAAUUUAAGUUAAGCAAUUUUACAAGGUCAGUUGUAAAAUGGUCAAACCUGUUGAACAAUAUACUCAUUAACAAAUUUUUUGGCUGCAUCUGUAGUUUUCAUAUGAAAAAACAACAUUUUAAAGGUAAGUUGACACUGAUAUCAAUUCAGCCAUUGUGUUUUCUUUUUUGCAUCUCCUGUACAAUGGUCCAAACCUAUGGAGGUAGUAAUGCCUGCAUUUUUUAUAUUGCCAUUUUAACUCAAGUUUAACAAUGUCAAGUUUUUGUAAAUAUCAGCAUUAAAAAUAACUAAAAUUUGUGGUUGCAUAGGUCAUACAAGUAUUCAUCAAAAAUGGUUUAUGUUAUAAAAUUUGGAUUUUGGUAUCAAUCCUUUGCUGUUGCAUUUCAGAUGUACUUUAGGUAUUUCCCUAUAUGUUUAUUUGUAUUUGGUUGUUUUGUGUAAUGGUUUAGUAUGUUAAAACGGUUUGGUAAAGUAAAUGGCUUUGACAAAUAUUUGUGAAAAAUCACCUUACUGGUACAUUCACAAAAAUAAUAAGAAAUAUAAGAUAAAAUGAGUCUUCCCAUUAAAAUAAGUGCAAGUGACUAUAUAAAAAUUAACACACUUUGAUUUGUUUUUCAAGAUUUGAAUAAUCAACAUUCAGAAGCUCAAAUUUCUACAGGUGUAAUCAAUACGAUUAUUUCAAAAGACUAAUUUAUUUUCUCAAAGUCCAUAUAUUUUGCCAAAAUGUGUCAAAACAUUACUAAGUAUGAAUGAUUUGUUAUGUAUUAUCGAGUUUAUUUAAGGACUUUGUAAGUAUAGUUACUUCAUUGCUGUCAUAUGAAAUCAAUAAAUGAUACACUAGGUAUAUUAUAA